UAUUACUCCGGCCUUAAUGAAUGGUCUUGGCCGCGAUGGGAAAGGGCUUUUCUCAUGAUGAAAAACAGGCUUCAGCCAGGAGAGCCCAUCCAAGUGCAACAGGAUCCGCUGCGGAGGAAAUAACAAAUAACAGCGUAUGGAGGCGGGAGGAGCGGCGUACGGCGCGGCUGUCCUGCGCGGCUGUCCCACGCAUGGCGCCGUAGCGUAGCGUAGCGUACGCCUGCGCGCCUGUGUAACAGCUGGGCGCAGAACUGAAGGGGUUAACGUGGGCAUUCGCAGAUUGCUGCAGUUGUGAGGUUGUGCCUGAGCCGGAAGAUGCUGAACCUGUGGGCGGGGCACUGCCACCACUGAGGCCCUCGGUCUGCUGAACAGAGCCAUCGAUCCUGACCCGGCAGCACACGAAUGGCACAGGGAAGCCACCAGAUUGACAUCCAGGUUUUGCACGACCUGCGCCAGAAGUUCCCAGAAGUGCCAGAGGGUGUUGUGUCCCAGUGUGUUCUGCAGAACAAUAACAAUUUGGAUGCCUGCUGCGAGUACCUGUCCCAGGUGAGCACGGGUUACCUGUACGGCGAAGGAAACCUCAGCUUCUCGGACGACCCGGGCCUGUCCAGACUCCGGAAUCACAUGACCCAGCUGACCCUGGGCCUGCAGUCUCAGAAUGUGCAUGGGCCCGGCCCGCGGGACGGCCUGAGGAUGAACGGCAGCCGGACCCUGUCCCACAGCCUGAGCGACGGGCCCCUCCCGGCGGGGCCCCCCGGCAGCAAGGCCUUCCAGCAGGAGCCCCAGUCGGCCCCCGCGCAGGUGCCCCCCGGCCUGGGCGUCUUCGGCCUCGCCAACCCCCCCGCCGCGGGCCCCGCCGCCGCCGCCCGCAAGCCGCAGCCGCCCCAGCACCUGGGACUGUACCAGCCGAGCGGCAAGGCGCCCCGCUUCAACCCCAUCACCGUCACCCUGGCGCCCAACAUCCAGACGGGCCGCAACACGCCCACCUCUUUGCACAUACACGGCGGCCCCCAGGCCGGGCUGAACAGCCCACAGGGCAACUCCAUCUACAUCCGGCCCUACGUCACCCAGCCCGGCUCCGCCCGCCAGCCCCAGGCCCAGCAGCAGCAGCUCCAGCAGCAGCAGCAGCAGCAGGCGGGCUGGGCCCAGUACAGCCCCACCUCCCAGCCCCAGCAGUUGUACCAGAUCUCCCACCCCCCCGCCCCGCCCGGCUCCUGGGUUCUGCCGUCCCAGCACGGCCCCUCACAUACCUCACCGCACCAGUCGCAGGGCCACCAGACCUCGCACGUCUACAUGCCCAUCAGCUCGCCCACCAACCCGCAGCCGCCCUCCAUCCUGCAGGCCCUGUCCGGAGGCCCGCCCCCGUCCGGCUCCGGCCCCGCCUCCUGCUCCGCCGCCGCCGCCGCUGCCGCCGCCUCCGGCCAGUACAACAUCCAGAACAUCUCCACCGGGCCGCGCAAGAACCAGAUCGAGAUCAAACUUGAAUCGCCCCAGCGGAGCGGCUCGGCCGCCGCCCUGCUGCGCUCGGGGGGCGGGGCCCGCUCCUCUUCCUCCUCCUCCUCCGCCGCCGCCGCCCUCGCCGCCUCGUCCUGCCCCUCCUCUUCCUCCUCCGCCGCCAGCUCCGCCUCGGGCUGCCCCAGCAACCCCCUCUCCAUCGGCGGCGCGGGCCUGAGCCGCAGCCAGCCCACCGUUUACAUUUCGGCCAGCCCGCCCGGCGCCGCCGGCGCCUCCGACGAGGCCGCCGCCGCCGUGCCGCCCUCCGGCUCCCGCUCCCAGCCCAAGUUCUACAUCUCGGCCAACGCCGCGGGGGACGAGGCCGGCGGGCGCAACCCGCCCACCGUCUACAUCUCGGCCAACCCGCCCGCCGGGCCCCGGAACAUGUCGGGCCAGGUGAGCAUGGGCCCCGCCUACAUCCACCACCACCCGCCCAAGUCCCGGGCCUCGGUGGGCGGGGCCGGCUCCGUCACCUCCCCCCGCGUGGUGGUCACCCAGCCCAACACCAAGUACACUUUCAAAAUCACCGUGUCCCCCAACAAGCCCCCCGCCGUGUCCCCCGGGGUGGUGUCCCCCACCUUCGAGCCCACCAACCUCCUCAGCCUGCCCUCGGACCACUUCGCCGAGCCCGACCCGCGCCACCUCUCGGACCCGGUGCACCGGGAGCGGCCCAGCGAGCCCCGCAGGCCCAGCAUGGGCUCGGACGACGCCGCCUACACGCAAGCCCUGUUGAUACACCAGAAGGCCCGCAUGGAGAGGCUCUGGCACGAGCUGGAGCUGAAGAAGAAGAAGCUGGAGAAGUUAAAAGAGGAGGUGAACGAGAUGGAGAACGACCUCACCCGCCGACGGCUACAGAGAUCCAACUCCGUCUCCACCGUCCCCUCCAUUGAGGAAAUGCAGCAGCUGCGAUGCAAGAACCGGAUACUGCAGAUCGACAUCGACUGCCUAACCAAAGAAAUCGAUCUCCUUCAAACAAGAGGACCACACUUUAAUCCCAGUGCAAUUAAUAAUUUCUAUGACAACAUUGGGUUCCUGGGCCCCGUCCCCCCGAAGCCUAAAGGUACUAUAAAUGUCGCAGAGUCCAGUCCCAAGAACCCAAAGACUUUAGCGGAGGCGGCGGAGGAGGACGAGGGAACGCAGUGGAGCUGCACGGCCUGCACCUUCCUCAACCACCCCGCCCUGCACCGCUGUGAACAGUGCGAGUUCCCACGCCACUUCUGAGCCCCUCCUUACCUACCGCCAUCGGCCAUCCAAACCCGCACCCGCUCGGAAGAGGGCUUUUCUUCUCCAGCCACGGGAAGAUAACGGACAGGGUUUUUCAUUUUGUCUUCUGUUUUUUUUUUUUUUUUUUUUUCUCCUUCCAAGAUUUUAUAAUAUCCUUUUUUUGGGAGUAAAUUGCUGUCCAUUGAAGGCCUGACUGGAUAGUGUUUACAGGUUGCAUUACUUAAGAAGCCAGCAGAGCUGAUCAUACCUCACCUUGGAGACGAGCACAUGUGUGGGGGAUCCCCUUCCUGCUUCCUGGGUGACUUUGUCUUGAGGGGCCUCGCGCUUUUUCCCAGUGCAGUAUUAUGAGUGUUACCCCUUCAGUGUGACGGCGAACGUACGAACACACACACACACACACACACACACACACACACGCUCACACACACACACACAUCUCCGAGGUGUCGCUGUGCCUCUCCGCCCGUUCUCCCGUGAAGCCGGGCGGUGGGAGAAGGUCGAGAAGCCGAAGCAGCCGUCGCAGACGCAUCGAAACGGAAGAUCAAGACUACUCUAAGACUAGUUGGUUGACGUUUCCAGAGGACGAUGGGAGUAAUCAAGCAGUGUUCUUGCCUUCUGUCGUCGUCCCUUACUAUUCCCCUCGAACCCAAAGUAAAAAAAACCAAAAAGUAAAAAAAGAGAAUUAAACUGCAUGCAUGUUAUGUACAGGACACAGUGGAAAAAAUACCCUCGAGCUUCUUACUGUACAUAGUUCUAGAAUGUGCUUUAAGUGCCUACUUCCUCACACUAUGAAUCACUUGUAUUUCCUGUGACUAUAGCUUAGUAGACUUGAUAAACCUUUUUUCCCCCUUUUUUUCCCUUGUAAGCUAGUAAGCACGGUGUCCCUUUUAAGCUUUUUACUUGAUAUCUGUGACAAGUGUGAAGCCUUACGUAAAAAGGAAGAGCAAUAAUAUGAACCUAUGCACACACGAACCUUUUUCCCGCUCCGUUCAUCGCUUCUGUAAAUGCUGUAUUUCCCUCCUAUGAUCUGCUGGUGCGGCCACGUCAAAGAAAAUAUGAGUUUUCUCUGAAAUGCCAGAGAUCCCUGGGACUGGCAAAAAAGCCCGUAACGAACGAAUGACAAACUGCCAUCUUAUCUGACAACUGGAAUGUAGGUGUAACGUUGGGGAUUUUUUAGCUUCCACGGCGAGAGACGUGUGCGUUUUUUACGAUGCGAUAUUAUGUAUAACUUGCAUCAAGAUGCAAGCGGUGAGGUUGCAAGACCGACAUGGGGUUGCUUUCUGAAUUAACGAAAUCACAAUUUGCCAAAGGAAGUCAGCUAUUCUGUUUGAAUAAUUUCUCUCUUUAAUCACCGGAUAUUUCUGUAGGAGCAUUGUUUCUUUGUUCAUGUCAAGAAUAUUGUGUUUUUCACCGAGAUGAGAAGACGAAGAGGCAAGUAACGUUUCCCCCCCACUCAAUCCCUCAGUUUUCAUUUGUCCCCUAAAGGUUUUUCAUUAAAACGGUUUGAUGAGGACGGUUUAAACGUUUACCAUUUUUUGGAUUUUUACCUGUAUUUUGGAAUAGUAUUUUUCAGAGAUUUGUGGAGUUUGUCACGCGUUUUGAUAUGCCGCCGCACAUUUUUGUUUUCAAUAGUAUUAUAAUUUCUAUAAAUUAUCUGUGCAGUUGGGUGUCGAAAUGUUUUUGUUUUUUUAAACCCAGUUGCACAAGAUCAUGGAUAUUAAUUCGAUCGAAAGAACUUAAUCUCAGUUGUCUCUGAAGCACUUACAACUUCCUCGUUCAUACGUCACGAAAAAAAAGAAACCCAGCUUUCAGCUUUUUCUGCAGCUCUGUGUGAAGAUCGAGUCGGUUCAUACGUUUUAUUAAAAACUAAUUUGGAUAUCUAAAGUUGUUUUUUGAUUUUAGUUGGGGGAAACUGUCUUUGUAACAGAUAAGUUAUUUGUAAAAAUAAAAAAAAUCUAUUCUGAAA